AGAAGAGUGAGACUUGUACAAGAUGGGGACACGCUUGAAGGUACUUCGAGUGUUCAAAGAUCUCCACAAAACACGGAGAAAUGUAUUUAAAGAUGACGACAGAGCUCUGACAGCUUCCAGGUUAAAAAUAAAUGAAGAAUUCAAAAGUAACAAGAAUGAAACUUCAGAAGAAAAUAUUAAAGAGAUGCUUAAAAUGGCCCGAGCAGUUGAGACCAUCCUUCGUGAAAAUGUAAUACAGGCAGAGCAUGUGGAGGAAAAUAAAUUGUUGUUGCGGCCCCGCAAGAGUCUACUGCUAGAAAAUGUACCUUACUGUGAUUCACCCAGGACAAAGACAUGACCCAAAGGAUUUACAGUUACUGAAAAUCUUCAUUUUACUUAACUGUGUCAUUUAUAUUCCACAAAGAUCUUCAAUAUCGGAUAAAUAACACGUUAAUGCCCAAAUAAUCAUUAAUCUUACAUCUCCUCUGAAAGAUCACCGCUUUGGAGGGCCAAAUUACUCAUUAAAAUAUUUUUCAAUAUAAUAAACCAUUAAAAACAUAAUUCAAUUGUUAAAAACUACUCAAUAAUUAAAUUAAUCAUUAAAAAAGUCUCUUGUAUUUCAUUUUGGCUUUAAAAAACGAGAUUUGCAUCCAUUUUCAUUUAAGCAUGAGCUUCGGCCUUUUCAUUUUCAGGGUUACAGUUAUCGGUCAUGUAGCCAAGUUUUUUCACACCAAAACUAUGGCUUAGAUUGGUACAAUAAGAGAUUUGCAGAUGAAGUUGCCAACCAAAAUGUUGACAAUCAAUUAAUUUUAACCCAUACAGAAAAUAUUGGAUGAAAUCAAUGCUGUAAAUGACUAACAUUGGCUUAGGUAUUGUUUCUGUGUGUCAUUAUGGAAGAGGAAGUCCUACUUUGAAAGGUGACACCCACUGCCGUUAAGUGACAUGCCGAUAGCCGUAACCCUGAAAAUGUCAAAUAAAAAGACAGAAGGCUCAUGCUAAAAUGAAAAUGGAUGCAAACAAAUGCUAAAAUGGAAUAUAAGGGACAUUUAUUGAUUUUUGUAAUGAUUUAAUUGAUUGAUAAUUUUUAUAGUUUUUUAAGCAAUUUUAUUACGUAUUCAAUCAUUUAAUUAAAAUAAUUAUUUACUGAUUAAUUUUGAGUAAUUUGUCUCUGCAAGCAGCACAGCAGCUAUAAGUUGAAUAAUAUCUGUUGGUUUUAUAAUGAUACAAAUGUGUUGAAUUAAAUGCCAUGUGUUCUGCUCUGAAAUAGAAACUAUAGCCUCAUUGUAAAUGCGGUUUGUUUGGCUUACUGAUGAAUAAAGUAAACCAAAACAUCAUACCAUUAAUAAACGACUCAUAAGCGUUUAUCA